AUGUAUCGAGAGGGAUAUCUCAUUAAAUGUGGAAGAAGUGCGUAUGACACCUCGCGCUUACUCUUUUGUGUGUUUGAAAACGGUGUGGUCAAGUUUUAUUCGGACAAGGGUGGGAGAAUCGUAGGAGAACUUGAAAUGGCUGGUCAUGCGACCAAAGUGUGUGUCGAAAAGCCGAUACCUGGCAAAUUUCCAUACCGGUUUACCGUGUCGGCUGCUCAGGUGGUCCGUGUCGAAGACCGUCGUAUGAAAUUGAGUGAACCUCGUGUGACGGAAUUUGCAGCACCGACGAACGAUCUCAUGAAAGAAUGGGCCAAUUCAUUGCAUUUAUGGCGUCGCAUGAACUGGAAAGAGAAUGUCAAGUUUUUUGACAAUUCGAGUGAGCUUUCGCAAGCAGAAGAGCUCGAGUUGCUACAGGUUCAGAUGCAUACGAUGAAGACAGGACGUGGUCAUUUCAUUGCCGGUGCAAAAUUCAGAAAACCGUUUGUGAAUAUCAUGCAUGGUCAACCGUCACCAACGGUCAAGAAGUUGCGCCAAAUGAUUAUGCACACAACUUGCAGCAGCACUGCAUAA